UAAUGUUUUCGUCGUCACAUCCCUCGGUCCACGAGGAAUGUCGGGUCUGUAUGAUUUAAAAAUAGCCCCAUCUCAUCUUCUGCCUGACACGCUGCUCCAGCGAGGCUCAUAGUGGUGCGAGCAGCAGGAAUGUGAAGAUGGCUACAGAUCUGGGAGAGCUACUGGUCCCGUACAUGCCCACCAUUAGAGUACCGAGGACAGGAGACAGGGUUUUCAAGAGCGAAUGCGCUUUUUCCUACGACUCUCCUGAAUCGGAAGGAGGUCUGUAUGUGUGUUUGAACUCAUUCCUGGGUUUCGGAAGAGAACAUGUGGAGAGACAUUACCGUAAAACUGGACAGAGUGUGUACAUGCACUUAAAACGACACGUGAAAGAGAAAGCCACAGGUGCUGCAGGGGGUGCCUUACCAAGAAGAAGGAACGGAAAAGUAUUUUUAGAUUUAGAGCUUAACCGUGAUUUUAACGGAGAUGAUUAUGAGUAUGAAGAUGAAGCCAAGCUUGUCAUAUUUCCAGACCACUUUGAGAUCCCUUUACCAAAUAUUGAGGAGUUGCCCGCACUGGUGACAAUAGCCUGUGAUGCUGUCCUCAAUGCUCCGUCUCCAUACAAAAAGCAGGAAUCUGAUUCAUGGGAAGAGGAGAUCCAAGUAUCUAAACAUGCCAGAAGUCUCAGACAGCAGGAGAAUGGGGUUCGAAUUCCUCCCAGCGGCUGGAAGUGCGCCAAGUGUGAAAUGAGAGAGAACCUGUGGCUGAACCUGACGGAUGGCUCCGUCCUCUGUGGGAAGUGGUUCUUUGAUGGGAGCGGAGGGAACGGACAUGCCCUUGAGCACUACAAAAAAACCAACUUCCCCCUGGCAGUUAAACUCGACACAAUCACCCCAGAUGGAGCAGAUGUUUAUUCGUUUGACGAAGAAGAAGCAGUGCUUGAUCCUCACAUAUCAGAACAUUUGUUACACUUUGGAAUAGAUAUGCUGCAAAUGCAAAGGACAGAGAAUGGCCAUCAUACAGACAACCACGUCCAGCCUCGUGUGAGUGACUGGGAAGUUAUUCAGGAGGCGGGUCUAAAGCUAAAGCCUGUCUAUGGCUCAGGAUAUACAGGCAUCAAAAACCUGGCCAACAGCUGCUACCUGAGCACCACUAUGCAAGUGCUUUUCAGUAUUCCAGAGUUCCAGAGAGCGUAUGUUGGCAACCUACAGAGAAUAUUUGACUACUCACCCCUUGAUCCAACUCAGGAUUUCAACACACAAAUGGCGAAACUCGGUCAUGGACUUCUGUCAGGCCAGUACUCAAAACCUCCAAUGAAAUCAGAACUUAUUGAACAGGUGGUGAAAGAAGAACACAAGCAGCAGCAAAGAGGGAUUUCCCCUAAGAUGUUUAAAGCGCUGGUCAGUAAAGGACACCCAGAGUUCUCCUCGAACCGGCAGCAAGAUGCUCAUGAAUUCUUGCUGCACUUAAUUAACCUGGUAGAGAGGAACAGUUCAGGCUCAGAGAACCCCAGCGAUGUGUUCCGCUUCUUAGUUGAGGAGCGAGUGCAGUGCUGUCAGACACAGAAGGUGCGCUACUCACAGCGAGUGGACUACCUCAUGCAGCUUCCUGUACCCUUGGAGGCUGCCAGCAACAGAGAGGAGUUAAUAGCAUAUGAGAGUAAGCGUAAGGAAGCUGAGGAGAACAUGCGGCCCCCUCCAGAGCCGGUGAGAGCCCGAAUCCCUUUCACUGCUUGUCUGCAAGCCUUCACUGAGCCUGAUAAUGUUCCAGACUUCUGGAGCUCUGCACUGCAAGCCAAGUCAGCCGGAGUGAAGACUUCUCGUUUCGCAUCCUUCCCAGAGUACAUGGUCAUGCAAAUAAAGAAGUUCUCAUUCGGGGUUGAUUGGGUGCCCAAAAAGUUAGAUGUUUCUGUUGAUGUACCUGAUUUCCUGGACUUGAAUCGCCUCCGGGCCACAGGGCUACAGACUGGAGAAGAGGAGCUGCCUGACCUUACACCUCCCAUUGUCAUUCCUGAAGACACCAGAGACAGUACAACAAACAACUCUUUGGAAUCUCCAGAAAUAGAUGAAUCAUCCGUGAUGCAGCUGGCGGAGAUGGGUUUCCCUCUGGAAGCCUGUCGGAAGGCAGUGUACUACACUGGGAAUAUGGGGGCAGAGAUGGCCUUUAACUGGAUAAUAGCACACAUGGAAGAGCCAGAUUUUGCUGAGCCUCUGGCAGUUCCCACUUACAUGGAACCAGACCUGCCCAGCCCCAGCCUCCCUACGACCAGUGCACUGGACAACCAUCCUCCAGAAGAGAGCAUCUCCAUCCUCACCUCCAUGGGCUUCCCCAGACAUCACACAAUCCAGGCUCUCAAAGCCACAAGCAACAACUUGGAGCGUGCGCUUGACUGGAUAUUCACACACCCGGACUGUGAGGAUGAGAGUGAGGCUAUGUCAGACACCGCAGACACAGAGGCGAACGAUAACAGCUUUUCAAAUGCCAAUGCGCACAGCGACUCCUCACUGUCUCCAGAUCAGGACCUGUCCAGCCCCCGUGUCAGAGACGGACCCGGGCGUUACGAACUGUUUGCCUUCAUCAGUCACAUGGGAGCAUCCACAAUGUCUGGUCAUUAUGUGUGUCAUAUCAAAAAAGAGGGCAGAUGGCUGAUUUACAACGACCACAAAGUAUGUUUGUCAGAGAGGCCCCCUAAAGACUUGGGCUACAUGUACUUUUACCGGCGCCUGUCAAGCUGCUAGAUCUGGACCUUCAUAACAAUAUGCACAGCCGUCUGGCCAGAGAGGUGUGUGGGGCACCACUAACACUGCUGGAAACUAGGGAAGCAUUUACAUCUGUGAGAUCAAGAGAGGACCUCUCAGUCCCUGCCAAGACCCGCACAGACGCUCAUACCACGAGAACGGUCCAGCAGGGAAAACAACGCGUGUCGUCCAUCUGAGUUUUGUUUAUUUGUUUGUCUUGUGUCUGCUUUAAAGGUACAGUGGGGUGCGUGCAAUUUUAGGUAUGCAGAUUAUUUUCCUAAAAUAUUCUCAAAUUAUUUGUCACAUUUUGUGUGAGCUGCAAUCAAUCCAAAACAUAAUGUAAUUAUUUCACUUUUUUUUUCAUGCCCAUGCAGGAAAAAAAAAAAGUGUAAGCAGUCAUGUUUAUUGACAUAUUGGAUUAUGUUCCUUGUUUGGUAGGUCUUAGUUUGCUGUUAGAUGUUUAUUCUACCAUUCAGAUUGAUCCUUUUAUGUGGCACCAUCGACUUGUUCUUUAAAGGAAUCGUUCACCCAAAAAAGAAAAUUUCCUGAAAAUUGACGUCCAGUAUGUAGAUGAAUUUGUUUCUUUAUUAAAACAGAGUUUUGCAGAAAUGUACCAUUCACUUUCUCAACAAUGAAUUCUCUGUAGUGAAUGGGUGCCGUCAGAAUGAGAGUCCGAACAGCUGUAAAAACAUUGCAAUCAUCCGCAAGUAAUCCACACGACUCCAGUACAUCAAUUAACAUUUUGUGAAAUGAAAAGCUGCAUGUUUGUAAGAAACACACACUUCGCAAGAUGUUAACAGAUGUGUGUUGCUUUUAUCAGCAGUUUGGACCUUCAUUCAGACAACACCCAUUCACUGCAGAGGAUCAAUUGGUGAGGAAGUGAUGUAAUGUCAAAAAUCUCCAAAUAUGUUUCAAUGAAAAAACAAACUCAUCUACUUCUAAGAUGGCCUGAGGUUGAAUGCAUUUUCAUUUUAUUAUAUACUAUUCCUUUAUUGGAGGUUUAUUGUACCCAGCAGAACACGUUUCCAUACCUUUAGGCAGAAGUGAACUUGUACUUUUAUGAUUUUUUCAUAUUCAAGAAGAUCGAGCCUCAUGUAUUGGCAUGACUUGAAGAAUAUUAGAUUUGUACAAUGUCAUCCUAUUCAACUUUAUGAUAGCUUUCAGUCAGUUUGUGAUAGCUGACCAGAAAAUGCAGCGAUAACACAUAUUCACGCAAUGUUCAAGUGCUUAACUUUGAUCAUAUCUAAAGCCGUUUAAAAGGCUGGGAUGCAUCUGAAAUUGUUCCGUUUCAUUGACUUCCAGUCUCAAAGAAUGUAAAACUGUUUUUUGCAAUAUGUGAUGACAUACUGCAUAUAAAACUGAAUUAUAUGCAGUGUCAUACAUAGAUCUAUCUCAGAUACAUGUAUGUAUUGGUGCUCAGUGUUACCAAAUCUCAAGCUUUAUGACAUAUCUGACAAACCUGGCUCCGCCUCCAUCAAUCUUUACCAAUUUCAACAAACAAAAACCGAAUAGGUUCUUGGCAAGUAUCCUUUAAAGUGUUUUAUUAUGCUGUGAGCCUCAGUCUGAACGUUAGUGCUGAUUUCAAAUGUUAUAUUCAUUGUUUUAUGAUAUAAUCUCACUCAGGCUGAGGUGGGGCCUAUUCAUCUCCAUUUAUUUCAACUGGAUGUUGCACAUUCUGUUGUAGAUUGUAUCCUGUCAUGUUCAUUUCUGUUGUGCACUAUCUUUUAUGUUGGGAGUUCAGUGUCUUUGUUUCUUUACCUCGUGUUGUGCGUGUGUCUUAUCCAGCCGAGGUUCUCUCGCUCUUUUCUCUCCUUCUCUUUCUUACUUUGAAUGAAUAUUCAUACCAGUUUCCUCCUGCUUCUCUUUCUGUCUCUUUUCUUUCUGCUCUCUUUUUGGGUGUGAAAGUGGAUGCUUUAACCACACCUUUCUCAAACACGCCUUGAUUUAUUAUUUCAGUAUGUGCGCUAACAAUCAGAGGUUAGUCAGUUGACAUUUUGACAACAGAAGGUCAAGUGGUACGGUUUUAUUAGUGAUCCUAUUUUUAUUUUUUGCAAAAAGUGUGCCAAUUCUGUAGUUACUUUACAAACUAUAAUUUUUUUUAAUUAUUUUUUUUAAUGGAUUUUCUGAUCCAUGUAUUGCUUAGAAACACAAACAUGGCAAAUGUGGGAAUCCUCGUUCGGAAAUCUGUUCAAACAUACUUGUGACUCGUAAUGUUUGUAUUGUUCAUUAAAAUCCACAGUUGUUUCUCUUU